AUGACAGCCUUGCUUAUCCUUGGUGGACUUGACACUAAUAUCGUUGCUACCGCUGUGCCCAGUAUUACCGAUAACUUCCACACCGUGGCUGAUGUUGGCUGGUACUCGUCGGGAUUUCGACUCUGCACCUGCGCCUUUCAAUUCAUGUUUGGCAAGAUGUACAAGCUCUUCUCCGUCAAGCGCGUGUUCAUGCUCGCUAAUGCUAUAUUCCUGGUGGGAUCUGUGCUCUGUUCCACGGCCACAACAUCCGCCAUGUUUGUCGCUGGGAGGGCCGUGACCGGAGUGGGCUUUGCAGGUAUCCUCGGCGGGUUAUACACCAUUCUUACGCAUAUCCUGCCACUUCGACGACGACCUCUCUUCUGCGGAGUCCUGGGUGGCGUCGAAAGUCUGGCCAUUAUUGCUGCUCCCAUCGUUGGCGGAGCCCUGACUCAAUCGCUUGGUUGGCGGUGGUGUUUCUGGAUCAACCUACCUAUCGGGGGUGUUUCGCUUCUAAUGACCUUUUUCCUAUUUUCGGAUCCAAGUCUCGGCGACACAAGUAUCGGGUUCAGAGAGAAAAUAGCCAGGCUCGAUUUACUGAGUAACCUGCUCUUCAUUCCAGCGCUGACCAGUCUUUUCAUCGCGUUUUCUUGGGCCGGCACCAAGUAUCCUUGGGAUGACGGCAAAGUCAUUGGUCCUCUCGUUACGUUUGCAGUUCUCACAGCCGCCUUCUUAUACAAUCAACAUCGACUGGGUGAUGCUGCUGCUUUACCACCGCGUAUCUUGAAGAACCGCAGCGUCAUUGCCGGCGCAAUUUUCGGCCUCUGCACUAAUAGCGCUAUCAAUGUGCUCGAGUAUUACUUGCCUACCUACUAUCAGAUUGUGCGUGGGUAUUCUCCUAGCGAAAGCGGCUACAUGAUGAUCCCCAUAGUUGUCGGUGCGACUAUCGGAAUGUUCCUUUGCGGAUCGGGAACCAGUACAAUCGGCUACUACACGCCAUUCAUGCUCUUCUCCUCGGUGGCGAUGCCGAUUUUCGCGGGAUUGAUUACGACUUUCGGAGUCAAAACUAGUUUCGCUCGGCUUAUCAUGUACUCCGGGGUAUCCGGCUUUGCGAGUGGAGUAGCCUUCAACACACCAAUCACUGCUGUGCAGACUGUGCUGCCUGUCGAAGACGCCUCACUUGGGCUGUCUAUCGUGCUUUUCGCACAGAACUUUGGUCCUGCCGUGUUUAUUGCUAUUGCUCAGGUCAUUUUCAUGAAUCAACUCGCGACUAAUCUAGUCCGCGUAGUCCCAAACAUUGAACCUGCGACAAUCCAAGACAACGGGUUGACGGAUAUUAUGGGACAGGCCCCAGCAAAUCGAUCCAUGGAGGUUCUUGAGGAUAUUGGUAAAAGCUUGAGUGAGACGUGGUAUUUGGCUGUUGGGUUGACAUGUGCGACGUUGAUUGGAAGUUUACUCAUGGAAUGGCGAUCUGUCAAGAAAAAGAGUGCUUAA